UCUAGUUGGAAAGGAUCUCUGAUGAGCCCCCGGAGACCGUAGUGGACGAUAUCUCCCAUUUGUUUGCAUGCUCCGGGAGCGUUUUGGCCAACAUUAAAAUACUUAUAUUUAUUUAUUUAUUUAUCAUCUAUUGUUUUUCUCCCGUCGCCAGCGGGCCCCACCCAAAAUCUCCCGAUCGAAAACCCGUCAAGUGCCCGGACUCCGAUCAAAAUGAGCAGAUCUCGACACUCACCGCGCUUGAUCUCUCGCCUCCUCGCAGUCUUCAGCAUCCUCUUCUCUUCGUUCCCCGGAGUUCUCUCGUCAAGAGUUGUAACCCUUGGUUCAAUCGAAAUCUUUAAAACUCAUGAGUGGAUUUCUCCCAAACCAACCGUUUAUUUUUACUGUCAAGGGGAGAAUAAGACAAUCUUGCCAGAUGUGAAGGAGAAAACUUUUUUGUACACUUUCAAGGGCGAAGAGUCUUGGCAGCCUCUCACUGAACUGCCAGAUAAGAAAUGCAAGCGCUGUGGUUUGUAUGAGAUAAACAAGUUCCGAACUGAUGAUAUAUUUGAUGAGUGGGAGCUUUGCCCUGAUGAUUUUGUUGAUGGAAAAUACAUGCAUUAUAAGGAGAAAGAAUUAAAUGCCACAUUCAUAUGUCCUGAGUGCAACGCGUCUACUAUCAGCUCUAUCAUAGAGAGAGCGGAGAAGAAACUGAAUAUUAGUCUUGCAGUAAUCAUCGGUAUAUUGGUUUCAGCCGUAGUUGUUGCUGGAGCUCUGGCCUUGCAUAAAUAUUGGAAGAAGAGAAAGAGGCAACAGGAUCAAGCACGAUUCUUGAAGCUCUUUGAAGAAUCUGAUGACCUUGAUGAUCUCAAUGAUUUUUGAGUUUUCAGUUCACAAGCUACAUGGCACCACCGCCUUUCUUGUACCAUUAUAAAUGUAUAAAGAUAUCAUCUUGCAACUAUCUCACAAGAUUUUGACUAUGACACUCAGUUUUUGAAUUGUACGAUUACGAUUUCUUGCAGUGUUUCUUGCAGUAAAUCAUCGUGCUUCAAAAACUUUACUGUUGCACAUUAGAAAAUCCAGGCUUUUCAGUGCCCCCCUUGAGAAUGGCAUCAAUAACAUAGUAUUGCUUCCGUC